CUCUCGAUCUCUUCCUCUCUCUGUGCUGUGAGGUUCGGAGGCGAAGGAGCUAGGGCUUGGCGAGGUGUUGUCGACAAUGGCGGAGCCCAAGGCGGCGAAGAGCAAGUCCAGGUCAAAGAGCAGCCACGGCCAUGACGCGGCGGCGGCGGCGGCGUCAUCCAAGAAGUCGAGCGCUGGCGGCAAGAGCAAGACCAAGGGCAACGCCGCGGCGGCAGCGCCGGCGACGUCGCUCGAUGCGCUGUUCAAGCCGUGCGCCGACGUGAAGGGGCUCCGCUUCGGCGCACAGCUCGUCACCCGCGCGCUCACCGUGCGCCGCGCCGCGCCGCUCGAGCUCCCGCACCUCCUCCGCGUCGUCCCCUCCGGCGCCGCCGGCGGCGGCGAGAAGCGGGAGGAGCGCGAGCCGCUGUCGUUCGCGCCGACGACGACGGCGUACAUCCCGACCAACUUCGCCAUCCUGGCGCACCACGCGUGGCACACCCUCACGCUGGGCCUCGGCACCAAGAACUCCAAGGCCGCCGUGUUCGUCUUCGAGUCCGCCGCAACGAAGGCCGCCGCCGACGCCGCCUGGCCGCAGGUCGUCCCGCUCGGGGACGUCGGGCGGCGCCUCAUCCGCGCCGCCCCCCGGUCGCCGGAGAUGGCGCGGUUCAAGUUCCGCAAGGGCUGCGUCACCUUCUACGUCUACGCCGUCCGGACCGCCGGGGCCCGCGGCUUCGCCCGCGCCGACGAGCUCAGGGCCGUCAUCGAGGCCGUCGCCAAGCUCAAGGACUUCCUCGACCACACCGCCAUGCUCGCGCUCCCGGGGCAGAGGAGCAUUGACGGCGCCGCCGCGGCCACGGCGGCGGCGCCGGUGAGCGUCGUGCAUUGAUGCAUUUAGGCCGCGUUCAUGACGAAAUGUGAAUAGAGCGUUUAUUUUAUUUUCUUUCUGUGUGUAUUAAUUAAUUUCUUAAUGUGAGUUUUUUGUUGUUGUUGAGAUAUUGAGAAAAUUAUUAAUUAUGGCUUUGUCAGUUGCUUCAUUGGCAUGAUAAUUAUGUCAAGUAAUUAUAGCUCCUAAGCUGGUAAGAAAGACAAUUAAAUUUAGA